AUGAAAAAAAUAGAUGAAUAUGUUAAAAAAACUAAAGUAGUAAAUGAAAAAAAUAAUAUAAAAAAUACUAAUAACGAAAAUGAGAAAAAUAAAAAAAAAAAAAAAAAAAAAAAAAUUCCAAAGGGUAAAAUAGAGAAAGAAGAAAAUAUAGAAAUAACCGAAAAAAAAGAGUUAUUAGACAAUAUAAAAAUAAAUAAUUACAAUGAAACUGGUAAUAAAUUGAUAAGUAAAAUAACUUCCUAUAUUGAAUUAAGGGAAGUGGAAAUUCAAAAUGACUUAUUAAACAAAUACUAUGUAGAUAAAAAAACUCCUUUUUUUUAUAUUGAUAUAAAUAUUUAUAAGUGUAUAUAUGAUACUUUUUUUUUCCCUCUAAAAGAUAAAAAUUUAGAUAACAAAGACAAUUUAUUUUACGAAAAUUCCUUGUAUUUUUAUAAUGUUAUAAAUAGUAAUUGCUUAAAUGUAAUUUUUUAUUUUUUGAAAGAAUUCUUUAGAGAGCAUGAAUUAGAAUAUUUUGAAAAUUGUUGUGAAAUUAUGCAAUUAACUUAUUUACUUUUUUUUAUUUUGCUAAUUGAUUACCAUUCAUUAAAUGAUAAUAUCAAAAUAUAUUGCAUAGAAAAUUUUAAAAUGCUUUUUAAGAUAAAAAAUUAUUUAUAUGAAAAAUACAUAAAAUAUAUUAAUAAAGGCAUGUUAAAUAAGUUUAUUCUAUUAAAUAAAAUAGAAAAUAAUAACAAAAAAAACGACUUCUUCAUUUUUGAAACAAAAAUAAUAAAUGAAAUUCUAAAUACAAAUAAAAUUGAAUUUGAAAAUAUGACAAUAUAUAUAAAUUCCUCAAAAAAGUUAGAGAAGUUUUAUUUUAUAAAUUUAGUAAUAAAAAAUAAAUCUUAUGAAUAUAUUAAUGAUAUUCUUUUGUUAGAUUUAUUUAAGAUUCAUAUUUUUACAAAUAAAAAUUCUUCUAUUUCUUCAAAAAAUAAAUCUCCUAUUUUUUCCGAUGAAGAAAAUAGUAUUAUAACUGUUUUAGAAGAGAGAAACUUAUUUCAUAUGGAAGAACUAAAUAAUUUAUUUUCCUAUAUUUAUGAGAUUGAAAUUCCUUCUAAUAUUUAUAAAAAUCAGAAAUUAGAUGUCUUUUAUAUAGAAUCAAACAAUAAUGUUAAAAAUACCAAAAUAUUUCAGGUAGAGAUGUUGCAAAGUAAUAAAAGAAGCCUUGUGAAUAAAAUUUUAUUAGAAAAUCAAAAGACUGAAGUAGAAUUUGAAAAAAAAGAAGAUAAUACAGAAGAAGACUAUAUAAAUGAAAAUGGAUUUAUAAAUUCUAACGCUAAUAAAGAAAAUUUCAUAAAUAAAAAUGAUACUAAUAAGAAGAAAAAUGACAUGAAUGAGAGUAAUAGAAAUGGAAAUUACGAAAAAAAAAAUAAGGAAAUUAUAAAUGUUAAUGAAAGUGAUAUUUAUAGAAAUUUUCUAGAUGUAAAUGACAUUUAUGAAAUUAAAUUUAAUUAUAAUGAUAUUAAAAAAAAUAGUAUAUAUGAAGAUAACAAAAUAAAUUUAAAUAAUAAUAAAAAUGAAAAUUAUGAAACAAACUUAGUUAAAGUAGCAAGUGAACAGUUUAUGCAUAAUAAUAAGAUAUAUUUAAAAAUUUAUAGCAAUAAAAUUGGCAAUUAUUAUAUUAAUUUAAGUAGUAUAAAUAAUUUACCUUAUACUUUUUGGAAAAUAAAAUAUGAAAAUAAUAAUGUAAUUAUAAAAUUGAAAAGUAAGAUAAUUAAUGAAUUUAUUUUUCAUAUAAAUAAUAAAGGUAUAGUACUAUUAGAUAAUGGAAUAGAUGUUUUAAAAGACAUUUAUAAUUGCAAUUUUGAUAUAUGCACCCUAUUGUUUCUAAUGAAAAAAAAAGGAAUAAAUUUUUUAAUCGAAAAUGUAGAAAUUAAGAAAAUAAAAAAGGAAAAUUAUAAUUUAAGUAAUGAAGAAAUAGAAGAAAAUAUAAUUAAUGAUAUUUUGUUAUGUUUUAGAUUCAUAAACUUUUAUUCUUCAAAUCAUAGUUCUGAUAAAUCAAAAAUAAUAAUAAAAUUAAAAGAAAACAAAAAAAGAUUAAAGCAAGUAUUUGAAGAUCCUUUAUAUAUAGAAUAUGAAGAUAAUUUUUGCAAAAUUGCUAAAAUUACGAAAGAUGAUAGUGAAAAAAUGUUCAUAAAGAAUUUAUCAAAACAUAAGUCAGCUUUGUUUUGUCUUUUUGAAUUAUGUGAACUUGUUAUUUUAAAUAGUAAAAAAGAGAAGAAAAAUAUAUAUGAAAAUGGAAAGCACGAAAAUAAUGAAGAAGACAACAAAAAUGAAAUUAUGUUUUUUCAAAAUUUUUUAAUAAAUAUAUUUUCAUACAAUAAUAUAGAACAAAUAAGCGAAAUAAUGAAAGAAAAUGAUAAUUUAAAAAAAAAUUCUCUACAAAUAGAAGAAAAAGAUAAAUUUUCAAAUGAUCAGUAUAAUGAUCUAUUUGAAGUAAAUGAAACAAUACAUAAUUUGUAUUGGUUUUUAAAAUUAACUAAAAUUAUUUCAUUAACAAAUAUUUAA